AUGGCCGAUUCCGCAGCAUCAUGGAGAUCUAGAGGUCCAUCCACAUCCUCAUCCUCCGCUCCGAGCGGUGGUGCUAGUACGUGGGGACAUGGAGGAGUAUUCAGCUCGAGUGCGACACGUCGGGGCGGUGAAGCAGGCCAGACACGAGGUGCCAAGCAGUCAGCCAAGUGAGAUCAUCAGUACGUUCGGUGCUCGCUGCGCUCUGUGCUGAUUCUGAUUGCGCCACACCACGCAGAAGACUUAAGCCUGCUGCUACUUCCAAAAUUCUCACUGGUCCGCUGCAGACUUUUGAGGCUCUGCAAGAGGCCCAUGCGCACUUGAUCGGUCCACAUCCUAAGUGGGCAACCGAUCCCAAAAGCACGCUUCAGUCGUACUGGAAUGUUGUCUAUGGUAUCGGCGGCAAGAUCAACUUUGCACAUGAAGAAGGCCACGUUGAGGGUCGCCGCGAGAAGUCUGUCAGGUGAGUCUCGAGUGCGCUUACAUAUGAACGCGAGCUGCACCCUGCGGAUGACCAACUUCCCAUGACCUACUUCUACCCUUCAUCCAGAGCCAAGAUCUGCGUUGACCAGGACCAAGAUCUUCACGCUUACGGUGACGGAGCUUCCAAAAAGAUCGCAGAGCGCAGUGCCUGUCUCGCUGCUCUCGUACUGCUUCAAGAGACUGGUCUCUUCACUUCCAAGCAGCAGGCGGCCAAAGAAGCGCAGAAGCAAGCAAGGGCGCAAGCAAAAGCUGCUGCACCCGAGGAGCAAGUGACCCUUUCCAAUGGCCACGUGUUAAAGGCUGAGCGAGCGCGAGAAUUCAUGGAAUUCUAUUGCAAGGAAUUUAAAUUUGCCAAGCCCGAAGUUGCGAUCUCAAGUGCGGUUCGCAAGGAGGGCAAGAAGGCAGGCGGCAGCGCGUGGAAAGCGCAGUUGAUCGUCGGUGGUCAGGCGAUGGGCGAGACGCUUGCCAACAACAAAAAAGCGGCAACUUCGGCAGCUUACAUGGAAGCGGUAAAGGACAUCGAAGCAUCCGAUCCACCCUUGUGGGAAAGAUUCGAUCGGACUUACAAGCCGGGCGCACCCAUCGGCAGCGCACCCCACGUAUACGUUCGCCUUUCAGAUGAUUUGGACGACGACUUUCGAGAUAUUUCCGACAGCGCAAAGCAAAGCCUACUGUACUCCAAGAGACCCCAAGCCCACGAAGUCGCUGUUGGAGGUGGAAAUGCCCAGACGGAUAGACGCAAGCCGUUUGGCGCCCGUCCUGCCUCGGAAGCUGAGCUUACAGAAAAAAGCAAACAACUAAAGCAGAGACUCGACGAGUACCAAAUCGACGAGCGCGUCAAAACUCUGCGCCAGCAGCGACAAAGUCUACCUGUUCAACAGAAAGCGAGCGACGUCCUUGUCAAGAUCGCGAUGAACCAAGUGACGAUCGUCAUGGCCGCGACAGGAUCUGGUAAGACGACUCAGAUACCUCAGAUGCUAUUUGACGACUUCAUUCUUCAAGAUCAGGGCGCGAAGUGCAACAUCUUCUGCACUCAACCUCGACGUAUUGCGGCGAUCAGCGUCGCGCAACGUGUUGCCAAAGAGCGAGGCGAAAGACUGGGUCAAAGUGUUGGCUACCAAGUGCGCUUCGACCACAAGCUGCCAGAGCCAAACGGGUCCAUCACCUUUUGCACAACGGGUGUCUUCCUUCGUCGUCUUCAAUCUGCGCUCGAUGACACGAGCGAAGCAUCAAAUACCUUCUUGGAUAGCUUGACCCAUAUUGUGGUUGACGAGGUCCACGAGCGAGACGUUGAGACAGACUUGCUACUCGUGGUCAUCAAGCGUCUUCUCGAAGAAAGAGGUCGCUUGGGCAAGAAAGAGAUCAAGCUCAUCCUAAUGAGCGCCACGAUCGACCCUACACUCUUUACCAACUACUUCCAAGGCCCUCCGCCAUUGCUGAAGCCGGCUCCGGUCGUCGAGGUGCCAGGGCGAAGUUUCCCAGUGGACAAAAAUUACAUGGACGACUACAUCCCACGGCUGCAAAAGCUCGGCCUCGGUCAUCGCGAUGGAGGCUGGGUCUGGCAAGAGAAGAACGUCCGAGAUUACCUUGAUCGCGAGCUUCGUCAAGGCGGCGGCUUUGUAAAGCCCGCAGAUGACGCCAACGGGGGCGAGAACGCGGACGCGAUCGACGAUUUGGAGCUACCUUACCCCCUCAUUGCUCUUAUGAUCGCCGACGUGCUGGUCCGCUCCCAGGACGGGCAUGUUUUGGUGUUCAUGCCGGGCUGGGACGAGAUCAAGGCCGUUAAUCAAAUCCUGCAGGAUACGUAUUCGCGACCGCUUAUGGGCGUGAACUUCAAUGAUCGGAGCAAGGUCGAGAUACACAUUCUCCACUCGUCCAUCCCAGUCGCGGAGCAGCAAGCUGUGUUCGAUCCACCUGCUGAUCCGUCAACUCGUCGGGUCAUCCUAGCCACCAACAUCGCGGAAACAUCGGUCACUAUUCCCGACGUGGUGUACGUCAUUGAUAGUGGGCGCGUCAAGGAGAAGCGCUUUGAUCCAGAACGCCAUCUGUCUAGCUUGGUUUCGGCAUGGGUGGGUACCUCGAACUUGAAUCAGCGAGCAGGUCGCGCAGGUCGCCAUCGUCCUGGAGAGUACUACGGAGUGCUUUCACGCGCUCGCUACGAUAGACUGAACGUCAACCAAACGGUCGAGAUGCACCGCACGGACCUCAGCAACACGGUGAUGCACAUCAAAGCUCUUGCCAUUCCGGGCAUGGAGGUGGAAGAUGUGUUAGAUGCUGCCAUUGAGCCUCCAAGCUCCGAAAGAGUGGCUGCAGCCAUGUCCAAGCUGUUCAUGGUAGGCGCACUGAACCAAAGUAAGCAGCUUACCGCCCUCGGCACAGUCUUGUUGCAACUGCCAGUCGAUGCGCCAAUGGGCAAAAUGUGCCUCUACGGAGCCUUUUUCCGUUGCCUGGAUCCGACGCUGAGCCUGGCGGCCAUUAUGACGAGCCGUGAUCCCUUUAUGGCGCCCAUACAACUAAAAGCCGAAGCUAAUGCUGCGAAGGACAGGUGGUGCCCACCCGACUUCCGCUCAGAUCCCCUGACAAUCCUCAACGCGUACAACAAAUGGUGGAGCCUGCAGAGCAGCGGUGAAUAUCAACGGGCAAAUCGCUUCUGCAGCGAGAAUUUCCUCAGCAGGGUGACCCUGUUGCAGAUACAGCAGGUCAAGGAACACCUAUUCGAGAGUCUUGAAAAGACCGGCAUUCUCGAUCUCACGCUUGGACAGGAGCGCAACACCUCUGGGCAGCGGUGGCGUGGUAGCAGGCUCAGCUCUACCCAGCCAGAGUUGAAUGGAAAUAGCGCAUCCAGCACUUUGCUGACGGGCUUGAUCGCUCUUGGUUCUACGCCUAACUUUGCCAUCAAGAGGAACGAAAGGACUUUGAUGACGGAUCAAGACAAGGUGAGCUCGACUUGAGCGUUUUGAGAGUGUACCGCGCAUGUCUCAUCACGUGUAAUCCUUGUGUCCAUCUUGCAGGCGUGCUUUAUCCAUCCAUCCAGCGUGUGCCACUCCAAGUUCACCAAAGACAACAAAACUCAGGAAGACCAGUUUGUGAGCGAGCGUGAGCUCUUUGCUUUCAGCGAGAAAGUUAGAAAUGUGUCCAAUGUGACAGGCAGCGGUGGAGGUGGCGGCGCGAUGACAUAUUUGCGAGGCGUCACUCGAUUGAACGUGCUCACGUACAUGCUCUUCGGAGCCAAUCAAGUGCGCAUGGGCGAUGGAGGCAUCCGGUGCGAUGACUGGCUGCCGGUGAAAGGCCAUUUCGACAUUCUAGACGACAUCGAUAGACUCAAGACCGUCUUGGACGCCUGCAUGUUGCGCGUCAUGGAGGGCUGCAUUCACCGCAAGAGACGCUCCCCCCGACAUGCCGCAUCUUCGCGCAAUCACGACGAAGACGAGGAGGACGAGCGGGCGCCCAGUCCUGGGGUCGAGUACGGCGAUCGAUCAGAGCUGCAUCUGGUGCCGCAGGAGAUCGAGGAGUUCGAAAGGCUGACAGCUGGGGUUGUGCACGUUUUGGACCGCUUUGUGGACGAGACUAUGGGACCUUCGAGGAACACCACUCGACCGCCAUCUCCUUCUGGAUACGGCAGUGCAAUCUCUUCUCUGGACUACGCCGGCGCUGGCAGAUAUAGCGCUGCUGGUAGCCAGUACAAUUCCAGAGCUCCUUCUCCGCGUGGCUGGGGCCCAGCCGCAGUCAGCAGCGAUUGGCGCCGCGGCAAUUAG